UCAAUACCAACCAAAUCAACCCGCAAUGGAUCCAUUCUCAGCAGAAGGCGAGCUCAUCAACAUCCACAAUGCCUUCCUUCAGGGCCAAUACCAAGAAGUAAUCGACUUUGACACCUCCUCCUUCUCGCCGGAGAACCACCUCCCCGCGCGCAUUCUCCAGCUCCGCGCCAGGAUUGCCCUAGGCCACACAGACGAGGUCCUCGCCGACGUCGAUGGGGAAGAGGAUACGCCCGAUCUUGCGGCCGUGAACACGCUUGCUCGGCAUGUUGCGGGGGAUGACGAGGCUGCGCUUCAGGGGGCGCAGGACCUCGCUGAGAAUUAUCCUGACAAUGCAGUGGUUCAGAUCCUGGUGGGGACGGUGUUCCAGGCGCAGGGCCGGAGUGAGGAGGCGCUCGCGCUUUUGGCGAAGCAUCAGGGGAGUCUUGAGGCUGUUGCCUUGAUUGUGCAGAUUCAUCUCCAGCAGAACAGGUCCGAUCUUGCGUUGAAGGAAGUAGAGGCUGCGAAGCGCUGGGCUCAGGAUUCACUAUUGGUGAAUCUGGCUGAGUCCUGGGUUGGAAUGAGAGUGGGCGGCGAGAAAUACCAAUCUGCUUUCUACGUCUACGAGGAACUCGCAUCCGCUGAUAGCACCUCCGCUCCGCUGUCGAUCGUCGGACAGGCCGUCGCGGAAAUCCACCUCGGCCGACUCCCUGAAGCUGAGGCUGCGCUUUCCGCCGCUCUCCAGAGAUACCCUAACGAGGCGGAGCUGAUUGCAAAUACAAUCGUGUUGAAUGUGUUGACGGGCAAGCCUACAGAGGAACUGGAGACACGUCUCCAACAAGUCCAGCCAUCUCACACCCUGUUGACCGACAUCCAAGAAAAGAGUGAUUUGUUCGACGCAGCGGCCGCUAAAUACUCCGCAAAGGUUUCUUCAUAGCGCAUCGUAAAAUAGGUGCAUAACUGUUUAAUCUGUCUUUCUUUCUUUCUUUCUUUCUUUCUUCUUAAUAUACCGUUCGUUGUCCUUUGUUAUGAAUUGAUACGACAGCAAGCAAGCUAGCCUGUACUGAAACCGUCCAUCCCGUUCCAUAUUUCUUUUCUUCAUGACAAGUGUGAGUGAAAUAUGCAGUAGCACAGCGAGAGAAGGAUAAAUAUACACCAAGACAAGAUGAUUGUCAAUCAAUUGGGAGAGUUACUGGCAUAAAAAUAUUACUCUCUCGCUGGUGCUGGGGAUGAAGUGUUUCGAAAUGAAAUUGGACUUCGUAUGAAAAACUAGUUCUUUGUGUACUUGAUCAUGUUCGCUCAGUUUAUCUUGUAGGGCUCUUACUACCAUGGCUGUACUGUUUGUUGACUGUGGAACCGGAAGAGGUGGGAGAUUGGGCAAAAAUGCAAAAAGUAGCUUUAAUUAUUGUAUU